CCGAUCAAGAAGCUGAAUCAACUAGCAGUGGGCAAUCCGGCCAUGGCUGAAGUAGGGAAAGCAGAUGCUCAGCUCUUUCAGCUCCUCUCUCAUCUCCUUCAGGAGGUAGAGUCAUUAACCAAUCAAGAAGAAGUUGAAUUGCGUGCAAAAAUCGAAGCACUUGGAUUAGAGGUUACCAAAGUGCCAUCAAAGCCAUCUGAGCAUCUUGAUGAGCUGGAAAUAGCAAAGGAGUUGGACAAAUUAUCAGCAAAGUUAGAUGAUGUAGAUGAGAUGAUAUCCUCAACCAUGGCUUCAGACCCUCAGGUGCAGUCUCUUUUGAGUAGUACUUCCGAUGUAUGGAUGCCGGUCAUCACAGCUACUUCUGAUGAAAGACGUACUUUUAUGGUGCCCACUGAAGAUGAUAACUGCGGAAACCAAGGGAAGAAACCAUAGUGAUUCUUAAACACUCGUUUCACUUUCUUGUGUUCCUUUCUUUUUCCUUUGUUUUAUAAAUCAUUCUUCUAUUUUCUUUCUCUUUUACUGCCCCUUGUCUCAAGAAAAAGACAUUUAUGUG